GCUUUUGGCUCAGCCGGAAGCCGGCGCCAAGAUUUUGGGAGAUGGCUCUCUAUCCCGUGUCCUUCGUAGUUCCAGAGGUGCCUCGAGCGAGCCCGAGCCAGAGCAGCACCACUGAAAGGAGGCCCCCGGCGAAGGCCAGCGCCAAUGCUGCAAGCAUUGGACUGACAGCAGUGGCUGGAGCAGUUGCUGGCCUGCGGCGACGCUCGGCCCGGCGAGUAAGGCUACCGCCUCUUCGUGUUGCCACACUGGAUAAGCCCGGCGUCAUUGAGAGGGAGGACAUCCGCAACAUUGCCAUCAUUGCACACGUUGACCAUGGAAAGACCACGCUCACCAAUGCCCUCAUGACGCAGUGCGGCAUGUCGAAGUUGAAGUCCAUGGACAGCGACCAGCUGGAGCAGGAGCGUGGCAUCACCAUCCUGGCAAAGAAUGCCGCUGUGACGUACAAAGGCAUCAAGAUCAACAUCGUGGACACCCCGGGCCACGCAGACUUUGGUGGCGAGGUUGAGCGGAUCCUCAACAUGGCAGAUGCCUGUUUGUUGUUGGUGGAUGCUGCCGAGGGCCCCAUGCCGCAGACAAAGUUCGUGCUGAGGCAAGCUCUGAAGCUGGGGAAAAAGUUGAUCGUUUGCAUCAACAAGGUGGACAAGCCAGCGUCCAGGGUGGAUUGGGUCCUUGAUACCACCUUUGACCUCUUUGGCUGUCUUGGCGCUGACGAUGAAGCCUGCGAUUUCCCGGUGGUCUACGCCUCCGGCUUCCAGGGUGUGGCCUCUGUGGACGGCCCCGAGGAUCUCCAGGAGGACUUGAAGCCUCUGCUGGACACCAUCCUGGAGGAGACACCUUUGCCAAAAGUUGACCCAGAAGCUCCUUUGCAAAUGCUAGUCUCGAACCUGGACUAUGAUGAUUAUGUCGGGCGCAUUUGCAUCGGCCGCCUCAUGGCUGGAUCGCUGAAAGUCGGCAGCGAGGUGGGCUUCAUGUACGGGGAGAAGGGGGGGCUGCGCAAGGGGACUGUCUCCAAACUCUGGCAAUUUCAGAACAACGACCGGGUGCCAGUCGACGAGGUGACAGCCGGAGACAUUUGCUGCUUUGCUGGGAUGUCUGAGGUGAAGAUCGGCGACACUGUGGUGGACAUGUCGAACCCUACACCUCUGCCGCCUAUUCAGGUGGAGGAGCCCACCGUGGCCAUGGAGUUCGCCACCAACAAGUCCCCCUUCGCCGGAAAGGCCAAGGAGUCUACAAAGGUCACGCCUCCGCAAAUCAAGGCACGAUUGGAGAAGGAGUGUCUCACGAAUUUGGCUCUGCGAGUGGAACCAGGCAGCACGUCUGAGAGCUUCAAGGUGAAGGGACGAGGCACUUUGCAGCUGGGCAUCCUAAUGGAGAACAUGCGUCGGGAGGGUUUCGAGUUCAUGGUCAGCGCGCCAGAAGUGCUUUUGCGCAAAGAUCCCGAAACCCGCAAGACGAUGGAGCCGUUUGAGGAAGUCGUCAUUGACGUGCCCAACGAGUAUCAGGGUGUGGUUCUGGAGGAGAUGCAGAAGAAGGGCGGCGUCAUGAAGACCAUGGAGUCUGGAGCGGUGCCAGACACUUCGGUUCUGACCUUCGACAUCCCCACGCGCAACACCAUCGGAAUGCCCGGCAAGUUUGCCCAGAGGACCUCGGGCACCGCCGUGAUGAGCUCGCAGUUCUCGCAUUGGGGCGAGUUCGAUGGCAACAGCAUCAAGCUGCGGGAGAAAGGCUCCAUCGUGACGGUCGCCACUGGCAAGACCACCUUUUACAGCCUCGAGAACUUCAAGAAUCGCGGCAAAUUCUUCGUUGACCCCGCUGAAGAAGUCUACGCUGGGCAAGUGAUUGGCCUCUCCAACAAGGACAUCGAUCUGAACGUGAACAUCACGAAGGAGAAGGCUGCCAGCAACAUGCGGGAAAAAACCGGUACUGUCACGGGGUCCAUCGCGCCCAAGAUCCAGAUGAGCAUUGAUGAUUGGCUUGGGCACAUGGACACGGAUGAGAUCCUGGAGGUCACGCCUUUGGACUGUCGCUUAGCCAAGAAGAAUCCGGCGAAGGUCAAGUGAGCACCCGAGACACUGAGCCACUGAGCUGAGCUGAAUCAAUCUUGCAAGGCGCAUGCCGUUUUGUCAGGCCACAGCCUCUCUCUCUUUCAAAGGAAGCGAAGACGUCUAUUGGACUUGAGUAGGGCUUGGAGCCGGUUUGGAGUGGCGAGGUGUUGGCUGGAUGCAGAUAUUCCAGCUGUCAUUUUGUGCUCCGCGCUAAGCGCUGGAGCCAUUUUCUUGACACAGCUGCAAUGAUAGAAAGUGACACUGCCGAGUUGGGA